AUGGCGAAGCUCGGAGAUGGCAUCUGGGUCCACGAGAACUACCUUGCUUACUUGAGGGAGCCCAAGGACAUGGACAUCAUCCUCUUUUGCCGAGGAGAUCCUGGCACGUGGAUGGCAGUUGCUCCCGAGUGGCAAAUCGCGCUCGGUUUUGGGACGACCAUCGAGGAGGCUUCAGAAGAUUUGCAGAGCAAGCUGGUAGGAACCAAGCUAUCAUUCAUUGAUGAGAAAAUAGUGGACGACAUCAAACAAAUCCCGAUGGAAUUCAAAGGGAAGCGUGCCAGGAAGAUUCGCGAGGGCUGGUGGGAUGGCUACUAUGAUGAAGAAGAAAAGGCUUACUUUGAUGAGCGUGAGAAGGACGCCAGUGCUGUGGAGUGGCGCACGAUUCAGGUGUGA